UAGUCGUCGUUCUUCUCAUCCCUUAAACUGAAGAGCCUUAUACGCGACUACUGCAUGUUCAGCUCCCACAUCAGAAGCUCUCACCUGCACUGCAUUCUGCAACCCUAAGCCAUCAACCAUGGUUCUUCUACAGCUAGAUCCGUUUCUCAAUGAACUCACCACCAUGUUCGAGCGCAGCACCGAGACGGGCUCUGUUUGGGUUACACUUAAACGAUGUGUCAUCCUUGAAGUCUAAAGCCGUGAGGAAUAAAAUGGCCGCAGCUGGUGAAGCGAUUGACUAUAAAUGCCUUAUUCGUGCCACCAAUGGGAAGAAGACAAUUUCUACAUCCGUUGGAACAAAGGAUCAUCAGCGCUUUCAAGCUUCUUAUGCAACUAUAUUAAAGGCCCACAUGACUGCAUUGAAGAAGAGAGAAAGGAAAGACAAGAAGAAAUCUGCGGAGGCUGAUAAGAGAGAAGGCACUUCAAAGAGACCUAAGAAAUCUUAAAGUAACAACCUUUGCUGCUUGAGCUUCUAUACAAACAAUAUUUUCUGCUGACUUAUUUUUAUCUGAAGGAUGCUAUGCCCCUCAGUCCUUUUGUUUUGGUCAUGGGCAAAGUGAGGAGUGAAGGGAAAGAGGAAUACAUUCUAAAGCAAUUUUGGGGUCUAAAGCAUGCGAUUUGUUACAUAUAUAUUUUUUCUUGAGACUGAUGUUCCUUCGGGUGGCAAUAGGUUAGAAUCUUCCUUCAAUUCCCUUGGAGAUCAUAAUUUUUUUUUGUUAGAUCCUUGGAGAUUAUAAAUUGAAUUUGUAGGAUAUAUUCCUUUUUUUCAUUAUAUUGCAUGUUUUUAACUUGUUCAGAGUUAAUCUCACUUGAACUCAUUGAAUCAUGAUUGGGUUUAGAAAAUUGG